AUGGACGUUGUUGAGCUCGAUCUAAACUCUGCCGUCAGGGAGGUUCUCAAGAACGCCACUGCGGCAAAUGGCCUUACUUGCGGACUCCACGAAUGCACUAAGGCCAUUGUUCAACACAAAGCCAUAUGUUGCUUUUUGGCCGAGAGCUGCAAUGAAGCUGCGUACUCCAGCCUCAUAGAAGCUUUGUGCCGAGAACAGGAAAUUCCACUGAUCUCGUUUCCUGACGGUAAAACUCUCGGUGAAAUGGCCGGUCUCUGCAAACUCGAUCGUCAAGGCCUACCCCGCAAGGUCGUAGCCUCCUCUUGUAUUGUGGUCAAGGAUAUUGGCGAGGAGUCGCGCGGCUGGAAAUAUCUCGUCGACAAGUACAGGAUACCAGUUGUGUCUCGUACGGCUUAG